AUGAGUGAGAGCGAUGGGAGUGAACCCGAUAACGAUGUUGCUGUUGCUGUUGCUGUGGCCGCCCCUUCUGUGGCCGCCCUUUCCGCUGGCAUUGCUGGGGUGGGGCUGGCAGUGGGAGCUUCUGGGCGUGAGGAGGAUGAGGAGGUUGGUGGGGAGGAGUCUGGUAGUGAGCGGGAUCGGGAGGAGGAGAGAGGGGAGGAGGAAAGGGAGGAGGAGAGGGGAGCAGAGGCAGUAGGUGGUGGUUCUAUGAUGGAGGAAAGUGAGGGAGAGGAGAGCAAUAGGGAAGCCAGUGAGGGUGAGAGGGAGGAGAGAGAGGAGGAAGAGGACAAGAAAGAGGGUAUUGAGAGGGAGGGGAGUGAGCGGGAGGAGUGUGAGGGGGAUAGUGACGGGGAGGUGAUGAUGGAGAGGCGACAUCGAUACCAUCAGAACCAGAUGGCGGAAGAUGAGGAGGAGGAGGGGGAGGAGGCAGAUGAGGAGGAAGAAGAGGGCACGUUUGCGGAGGGCAGGCUGGAGGAAGGCAAGUUGGAGGAGGAUAAUAAGCGGAGUGGAGAAGGGCUGUUUGAGAAUUCGGCGAGGGGUGAAGAGGAGAGUGAGGGGGAGAGUGAGGGGGAGAGUGAGGGGGAGGGUGAGGAGGAGGAGGAUAGGAGGCAGGAGAGUGAAGGUGAUGAGAUGGAUGUUGGUGAAGGGGUGGAGAGGCAAGGCUCUGGAGGCAUGGAGAGGGGGGAGGAGGAGGAGGAGGAGGAGGAGGAGGAGGAGGCGGAUGAGAGAGGGGAGAGGGAUUAUGGGGAGGGGAGAGGUUAUAGGGUGGUGGAUGAAGAGAGGGAGGAUCUUAAGAGUGAGGAGAGUGAAGGAGGAAUGGAUGAGAGAGUGGACGAUAGGGAUGGGUAUGUGGAAAGGGAAAAACGGAGUGUGGGAAAAAUACAGGCGGAAGAGGAGGUUGGGGUUCAGAAAGAGGGAGAAGAGGGCAGGGGGGCAGACAGAGAUGAGGAAAAGGACGAGGAGGUUGCAACUGUAUAG